CGGUUUGAAUAAUAGUUGAUAUCGGUCGCUUGCGCAGUCACAAGUAUUCCUUUAUAGGUACAUACAAAAAUAGAGGUCUCGAUAACUUCUGAUAGUGUUAUAAGAAGUGUUUGUUGUUGUUCAGCAAGGCUAAAAUUGGAAAUUUUCUGUGUCAGUGUUUUCUUAUCAAAUUGAAUCUUCAGUGAAGUGAAGCCAAAAUGCUGAGCACGUUGAGGCGCGCCUUCCAGCAGUCGCUGAAGAAGCGCCCUCUGUUGACUAACCUGACCGUGUACAUGACAUUCUAUUCAGCUGCUGAAUUUACGCAGCAGACUUUCAACAAAAUGUAUUUGCCGGAAAAACCUGACUAUAACUUAGUUUCAGGGGCCCGUGUUGUUAUUGUGGGCAGCUGUCUAUACGCACCAACUUUAUAUUAUUGGUACAAACUCCUGGAUAGGAAGUUUGUGGGCACAGCUGCCAAGACCGUCCUGACGAAAGUAGCGUGUGAUCAGUUUAUCAUGACGCCUACGCUGCUGGCCUUAUUCUUCACGAUUCUCAGCAUUCUAGAACGAAAAGAAGAUAUCUUCGAGGAACUACGCCAGAAGUACGUGAAAGCGUUUAUAGCGAAUCAGUCAUUCUGGAUCCCGGUGCAGACGGUGAACUUCUCCCUAAUCCCUUCACAUCUCAGGGUCACGUACGUGGCUUCAGCCUCCUUCAUUUGGAUCAACGUCCUGUGUUAUAUUAAGCGACAGCAGCUUGGAGCUACUAAGACUAUAGAAUAAGGGAAUUAUCCUCGGCAAGUCAUUUUGAAGAAGCUAUAAGCGGCGCUCUCAGUGACUUUGCGAUGGUUAAGGUGUUAGUUAAAAACUGCAACUGCCCAGUGACUCUAGGAAAUCGGCCGCAUCACAAGCACGGCAGUUGCAGUUGGCUACUCCCUUUCAAAUAGCACCUUUUAGGUUAAAUGUACGAACAAAAUACGACUGUCAAAUGGCCGACUUCGGAGAGGAAUAGUAACUUGACGAGAAGAUUAUGCCUUGUAUUGAUAUUGUACAGUAGGUAAAAAUCUGUCUAAAGUUCCAAUUUUUUUUUAAGAACCUCCACUGUCGGUUGUCACGUUCCCAUGAACACAUUCCAAGAAUUCUUUCAUUCAGCUGUGUUAACAUUUCUUUAGCGAAUAUUAAAUUAUAAGUAAUUAAUAUGCAUUGGGAACAACUAGCCGUGUAAUCUAUUGAAGAUUAGAUUUAAGUAAGUAGUUAAAAUAAAUAGUAAAUUAUAGAACUGAUUUUCAUGAUGGUUCCGUUUGAUAUGGGUAGAUGCCAAGUUUACUGUUUUUAUAGAUGUGUUAUUUUAUUGUUAUAAAUAAAGCUUAUUGAAAUAAUGUA